UAGAAGACACACCUCAUUCCACACUUCAGAACACACUCUGUCCCUAAUUCCAGAUCCAACACUUCUCAUAACAAUAAGCUCGCAUAAGCAUAUAACCAUGUCUUCAAUAGCAAUGACAACAGUUGCGUCUUCCUUUAUUGGAACACGUUUACCAGAGUCAUAUGCCAAUUCAGGUAGAGUACAAGCCCGAUUUGGCUUUGGAUCUAAGAAAAGUAGUUCGCCCAAAAAAGGUUCUAGACAACCCACUUCAGAUAGGCCGCUCUGGUACCCUGGUGCAAAGGCACCAGAGUAUCUAGAUGGUAGCCUCGUAGGUGAUUAUGGAUUCGAUCCGUUUGGCCUAGGAAAGCCGGCAGAGUAUCUCCAAUUUGACCUGGACUCACUUGAUCAGAAUUUAGCAAAGAACGUUGCAGGUGACGUGAUUGGGACGAGGACAGAAGUGGCAGACGUGAAGGCAACACCGUUUCAGCCAUACAGUGAGGUUUUUGGACUCCAAAGGUUCAGGGAGUGUGAACUCAUACAUGGAAGGUGGGCUAUGUUGGCCACUCUUGGUGCUCUCACAGUAGAAUGGCUCACCGGUAUUACAUGGCAGGAUGCUGGCAAGGUGGAGCUAAUAGAAGGGUCACAAUAUCUAGGUCAACCACUUCCAUUCUCGCUGACAACAUUGAUCUGGAUUGAAGUUCUAGUGAUUGGAUACAUAGAGUUCCAGAGGAAUGCAGAGCUUGACCCAGAGAAGAGGCUUUACCCAGGUGGUAAGUUCUUUGACCCAUUGGGCCUUGCUGAAGACCCUGAGAAGAAGGCCACGCUUCAAUUGGCUGAGAUCAAACAUGCUCGCCUUGCUAUGGUUGCCUUUUUGGGCUUUGCUGUCCAGGCUGCUGUAACUGGGAAAGGCCCACUUAACAAUUGGGCUACUCAUUUGAGUGACCCACUUCACACUACCAUCAUUGACGCCUUCUCUUCCUCUUCUUGAGCCUUUGUAAAUCAUCAUCAUCAUCUUCAUUAAUAUAAUAUUGUGUAUUUGUAAAAUUCGUAUUA